AUGAACUUUCAUAUUCAUAUCACGCUCCAUCCACAACAACCAAUAAUCAACGUGAACGCAAAUCCUGUGUUUAACAACAAUGGACCAAACAAUAAUUAUAUUCCAGCAAAUCCAAUGGGAUUUUAUGCACAACAGCAUGGAACAACAAUGCCGCCCAUGCGUAUGCAGCGAGCGGACUAUGCCCACAGCUACAAUGACUAUUAUACUCAACAAACGCAUAUGACUAGUAGCGGGAAUUAUAAGGAACAAAUGGGAAGUAUAUCCAAGUAAAUUGUUUUAUUAUAGUUUUUUUCUGCUGGCUAUUUGAAAAGAUAACUACGUUUUGAGAGAAGUUGAAUAUUUCUAUGAAUUGAUGGAUCUUGUAUGAAGAAGCGUUCAGAAAUAAAAAUUAAUUGCAGAGUGAAAUUAGAAAUAGCUCAGUGCAAAAUAUAACCCAUUCUAAAAUGUGCUGAUUUUCUUGAAAAAUACAGCAGCAUCUUCUCCCAUCCAAUGCAAGAUUGAUUUUAUUUUAUUUCAUAUAACUAGAUUUACUAAAAAGGAAACAAAUGCUUCAUUUUUUUCUCAUUUAGGCCUGUUAUGAAUGCGGCGAACUUAUUCACAAAAACUCAAACAAAUGCAAGUGGAAAAAACUGUAGACGCAAUCGAAUGAACACUUAGUUUUUUUCUUUAUUGUCAUCCCUUACUGUUACGAAAUAAAUAUCUACAGUUAGAAAGUCAUAUUUUUCAUAUUUUCUCGUUGAAACCUUACGAAAUGUUACAUGCUCUCAACAUAUAUCUAUGCAGUGUUUAUAUCAGGGUUGCCAGCCGCACCCCAUUUGGGGGUACAGUACCCCAUUUGAGCCUUUUGUACCUCAAAAAAAAUUUGUACCUCUGAGGUACGCAUUUUGUACCCCAUCUGCAUUCUUCAAUGUUACGACUAUACUGUCAUCCAUAUUUUGGUUGAAACUAAGAAAAUUUCUGUCUCUUUAUCCAACAUUUACUAUUGAUAAAGAUGUGAAGCGUCAAUUAUAUUGGUUGGCUGCUAAUGGUCAUGUUUAUGAAGAAUUCAACAAUGGCAUAUGCAACGAGUCCCAUGAUGAAGAUAAUCUCAUUC